AUGGCCGCGACAUCCACCCCCGUCGACGGCGCGCCCAACGACAACUCCAACGCCCCCAACGUCCUCGAUGAAAUCUCCGCCAAAGCUCCCGCCGGCACCAUCCUCCCCCCUCGCAACAUCCGCGACAUCAUCGAGAAGACCGCAGGGUACGUCCACCGCAAUGGCAAACACUUCGAAGAUCAGAUUCGCCAGAAAUCCGGCCAGACUGGCAAAAUGUCCUUUUUGGACCCCGAAGACGCAUAUCGCGCAUACUACAUCUGGCGACUAUCCGAGAUCACCGAGGGUCGCGGCACGAACAUCAGCGCGGGACGAAAGGCGGACGAGGUAAGCUUUGCAGGGCGAGAGGAGCGGAAGGGGCCAGAGAAGCCGGAGGAGUUCCAGUUCAGUGCGCGCAUGCCGAACAUCUCAGCGCAGGAUCUGGAGAUCGUGAAGCUGACGGCGAUCUUCGCGGCUAGAAACGGGAGGACGUGGAUGAACACGCUCAGUCAAAGGGAGAUGGGCAACUUCCAGUUUGACUUUCUGAGGCCGCAGCACAGUUUGUACCAGUUCUUUACAAGGCUGGUGGAUCAGUAUACGGACUUAUUGCAAGGUGGAGAGGUUGAUGGUGGGCGGCCGCAGAAAAAGAGGAUCAGUGAGUUGGAGGCCAACAGCACGAAUCGCUUCCGCAUUUUGGAGAGAGCGAAGAAGAGGGCAGAAUGGGUCAAGUACCAGGAAGCACAAAAGGUGGAGCAGGAGGAGAAGCAAGAGAAAGAGCGUGUCAUGUACGCGCAGAUCGACUGGCACGACUUUGUGGUAGUCGAAACCGUGACCUUCGAUGAAGCGGACGAGCACGCACAGCUCCCCGCCCCUACCACCCUCAACGACAUUCAAUCCCGCAGCCUCGAGCAAAAAGCAGCCUGGGGCAACGACCCUGGUCGUCGCAUCGAAGAAGCUAUGCCCGGCAUGGACGACUACGAGAACUUCUACAACCAAGCACCCCAAGCACCUCCAGCGCAACAACAACCCGCACCGCAGCCCUCUCCCCAACCACCACCUCAACAAACCCAAGCCGAAGAACUCGCUGCCGCCCGCGCCCAUGCCCGUGCCGCCCAAGAAGCCGCCUCCGCACGCACUCCGACCCCCAACAGCCAAAACAACAUCCGGAUCCGCCAAAACUACACUCCCGCGGCCCUCAACCGCAAUAAAGCCGCGCCCAACACCUCCCUCUGCCCCAACUGCCACCAGAGCAUACCCAACGACGAAAUGGCGCAGCAUCUCAAGAUCGAAAUGCUGCACCCGGAGUGGCGGGAUCAGUAUAAGAUUGCGCAGCAACGCUCCUCGACGACGAACUUGUCGACAGCGGAUGUGGCGAGUAAUUUGAAGAGGUUGGCGAGUCAGCGGAGUGAUGUUUUUGAUCCGGUGACGGGGCGGGUGCUGGAGGGUGGGGGUGGGGGGAAGAGGGUCGAGGUUGAGCAGGGUGUGCCUGGGCAGCAAGGGCAGCAGCAAGGGCAAGGACAGGGUGAAGGGGAGGGUGAGAGGAGUCGGGAUGUGCAGGAGCAGAUCAGGGCGAUUCAUGAGAGGGCGAGGAAUGGUUGA